UUGACUUUCCCCGCGCCUACGAGCAUCCGGGUCCCCAGGAGCGGAGCCGGCGGAAGAGUUUGAUGGCGUCGCCUAGCAGCGGCCUCCGCCACCGCCGCCCUCCCCGGCGAGCGAUACGGCAUUGACUUUCAGGUGUAUGAGAAGUCACGGUGACCCACAGUAACCAGUAGGAAAAAAUUAGAAAUUCAGUAUGGCACCCAUUUUAGAUUGGAAGAAGCUUAUGAAAGUUGAUCCAGAUGCUCUGCCUCGUCAAGAGGAACUAGCGGAAAGGUUGCUGGAGAGCAUGUCCAAGGUUGAUGGGAAAGACUUAAAAACUCAAACUCAGGAACAGCUGAUACAUCUUUUUAAAAUCACUCAGUCGCUAUUGAAGAUGAAAGCUCAAGAGGUAGAGCUGGCACUAGAAGAAGUUGAAAAAGCUGGGGAAGAGCAAGCCAAAUGUGAAAAUCAUUUUAAAACAAAGGUGAUGAAACUUCAAAAUGAAUUAGAGACGGCACAAAGAUCUGCUGGUGGUCGUGAUACUCGUUUUUUGCGUGAUGAGAUCCGCCAACUGGAAAAACAAUUAGAACAAAAAGAGAGACAGUUAACAGAUACAGAAAAAGAAUUGGAAAAAGAGAAGAAAGUGAAUGAACAGCUUGCUCUUCGAAAUGAAGAUGCCGAAAAUGAAAACAUCAGAUUAAGGAGAGAGAAAAAAUGCAUAAAGAAAAAGAAUGAACAAUUGCGUCAGGAUGUAGUUGACUAUCAGAGGCAAAUAGAGUCUCAAAAAGAAACAAUUCUAUUACGAAGAGGAGAGGAUUCUGAUUACAGAUCGCAGUUGUCCAAAAAGAACUUUGAGCUUGUCCAGUAUUUGGAUGAAAUUCAGAAUUUGACUGAAGCUAAUGAGAAGUUAGACAUUCAAAACCAAGAAAUGAGGAAGAAUCUUGAGGAAUCAGUGCAAGAAAUGGAGAAGAUGACUGAUGAAUAUAACAGAAUGAAACUAAUUGUGCAACAAUCUGAUAUUGUUAUGGAUCAGUUAAGAAAAGAGAAAGAACAGUACAAAUUUCAAGUUCAGGAGCUUUCAGACCAGCUGAAAGCAAAGAAUGAGGAGGAUGAUCCACUCAUGGCAGCUGUAAAUGCAAAAGUUGAGGAAUGGAAGAAAAUCUUAGCUUCAAAAGAUGAUGAACUCCUAGAGUAUCAGCAAAUGUUGUUUAACAUGAAAGAGAAAGUGAAAAUGGCCCAACUUGAUGUAGACAAAAGCAAUAUACUGGCCCUUCAGCAGGGUGUGCAAGAGCGAGAUGCUCAGAUAAGAUUGCUUACUGAGCAAGUUGAACAGUAUACCAAAGAAAUGGAACAAAAUGCAUUUGUUAUUGAGGAAUUAAAAAAUGAUCUCCAAAAAGAUACAGGUCACUCAUCUCUUGCUCAGCAGAAUCGUAUUGGGGAUAUGCAAGAAAAGUUAAAAAUGCUAGAAGAGAGAACUAAGGAGGCUGAGAAAUCAGCAGAAUUAGCAGAAGCAGAUGCUAGAGAAAAGGACAAAGAGCUCGUUGAGGCUCUGAAACGAAUGAGAAGCUAUGAACUGGGAAUAUAUGGUUUGGAAGAGGCUGUUGCCGAAAUAAAAGAUUUAAAAAAGCAAAUCAAAAUACGAGAUCAUGAGAUCGAAACAUUAAUUAAGGAAGUCAAUAAACUUGAACUUAAAAUAAAUGAUUUUCUUGAUGAAAAUGAAGAACUGAGAGAGCGCUUAGGUCUUGAGGCAAGGACAAUGAUUGAUUUAAGUGAACUCAGAAACAUCAAAGCCCUAAAGCAGCAGCAAUAUAGAGCUGAAAAUCAGAUUCUUUUGCAAGAGAUUGAAAGACUAGAAGAGGAAAGAAUUGAACUGAAAAAACAGAUUCGUAAGUUGGCUCAGGAGAAAGGAAGAAGUGUUGCAACAAUAGGCUUGGGUGCUGGUGAUGUGCAGAUAACUGAUAGCUUUACUGAAGAGAAGGGAAUGAAUAAGAGGAAGUUGGAUUUCUUGAACAGACAUGAUAUUGCUGAAGUAAAAGCAAAGGCUAGCAGCUCGUGUAACGUGGAAGGGAGAAACACACUUGCAGAUAGAGAAGCAUCAGUUAGACUUUUGAAGUCAGAGAGAGAUCUAGCUGAAAACAGUAAGGCUGUGGGAAAACUACGUGGAAGAACUUCUGGCACACUUGAGAAUUCAUAUGACUUGGAAAAAAAUAGAAAUACUUUAGUUCAUUUAGGUUCAAAACUUGUGACAGUGUGGCAACUAGUUAAUGACAACUGUAAUUCUGAAACUCUUACUAUACACGAUCUUUUCGUAUCACCAGAGCUACAGUUUGCACAGUCAUCAGGGAUAACAGAUUAUACAGACAAUAGAGAGAUGUCAAAGGACUUAAAAUCAGACCACACAGGUUUGUUUUCUGCUUAUCAGCGAGCAUGUCAGACCUCAGAGGUAAAUAACCAAAAUUACAGAAACAAACCAUCUUUUCAGAAUCAAGUGUCCAUAACUUCUAAUUCAGACCAAAAAAGUCAGGAAAAUUUUUACCCAGGACUCUCUCUCGGCAAUAAAUCUCUGAUUUCUUGUGCAUCUGCUCUUGGAAAGCCCUUAAUGCACAAAACACGAAAGAUGACAUUGAAGGAUAAGCAAGACUAUUUGCAAGUAAAGUUUUCUGAUUUAAGUUCCUUUCAAGAAGACAGAGAAGGAAAGAAAUGCCUAACAGAAUUGUUGCAAGUAAAAACCUUGGAAAGUGGACUUGAAAAUGCAGAAUCAGAACGCUCAGGUCAGGUAGAUCCUGUUGAAAAUCUCAUAGAGCAAUUGAGGAGAGAAUUAGCCCUUCUUAGAUCACAGGUGAGACACCUUUAUAGUAUGUGUAUGUUUGUAUCUGUUGCAGUUAUUAAUGAGUAUCUUGCAAAUGAAUUAAGUGUGAGAGAGAGAGAUUUGGAGAAGAACAGGACUGUAAUAGUCAAAUUUCAAUCUAAAUUAAAAGAAUUAUCAGAAGAGAAUAAACAACUUGAACAAGGAAUGAAAGAAAUAUUGCAAGCUGUCAAGGAAAUGCAGAAGGAUCCUAGUGUGAAGGGAGAAGAAACAGCCUUAAUAAUUCCUAGUCUGGAACGUUUAGUUAACGCAAUGGAGUCAAAGAAUUCAGAGGGAAUCUUUGAUGCUAGUGUGCACUUGAAAGCUCAGGUUGACCAGCUUACAGGACGAAAUGAAGAAUUAAGACAGGAAUUGAAAGAGACUCAGAAGGAGGCAACCAGUUUCUCUAAUCAGCUGGCAAAUGCAAAUGAAAAGAUUGCACAACUGAAAAAUGAAAUUUGCUUAUUACGUCAGUCAGAAGGUGCCAAUAUUGUCUUCCGAACAGUGAAUCUUCCAGAAGGAAUGGUUCCUUCAAGUGUUAAUAUGAUUAAUUCUCUGAAUGAAUAUUUAAUACGUCUUAUACAGGAACUGGAAAAUAAAGAACAGUUACUUAAACAAUUAGAAGAUGCAGUAGAGGACUACAAGCGAAAAUUUGCAGUAAUUCGUCAUCAACAAGGCUUACUGUAUAAAGAAUAUCAAAGUCAAAAGGAAAGCUGGCAGAAAGAAUCAGAAGAUAUGAAAGAGGAAAAGAAAAAGCUAGAAGAGCAAAAAGAACAGGAUGCUACAAAAAUAAAGGCAUAUUCUAAUUUACUUAGUGCACUUCAGCUGGAUCCUGAUGAAACAAAAAAAGUGCUUGCAGAAAAUAAUAGAAAAAUAACUGUUUUACGAGUUAAUGAAAGGUCACUAACAAGGCAGUAUACCACUUUACUUGAAACGGAACGGCAUCUUAGAAAAGAAAAUGAGAAACUAAAGGGUGAAAUAACACAUAUGGAGACUGCAGUUAUAGAAAAGAUUGGAAACUUGCAACGAUUCAAGGAAAUGGCUAGCUUUAAGAUUGCAGCUCUGCAAAAAGCUUUGGAUGGUAGCGUGCCAUUGUCUGAGCUAGAACUGGCUAAUAAGCAGUAUAAUGCAUUAACUGCUAAAUACAGAGAUAUGUUACAAAAAGAUAACUUGCUCAUCCAACGGACAACAAACAUGGAACACAUGGAGCGUGAGAAUGAAUCCUUGAAAGCACAGAUAAAUUUAUUGAAUAAGGAACUAGAGAUUACGAAAGAGAAACUUCACACUGUAGAACAGGCUUGGGAACAGAUGACUAAACUAGGGGAUGACAAUGCCAUGAACAAGGCCACAAAAGCAAUAACCAACAGUGAGAUUUUGUCCAUUUCUAAGAAAAUCACAAUGUUGGAAAUGAAGGAACUAAAUGAAAGACAGAGAGCAGAACAUUCGCAACGAAUGUAUGAACAUUUACGGAAUACUGUAAAGCAAAUAGAAGAACGUAAUUUUGAAUUGGAAACAAAAUUCGCUGAGCUCACCAAAAUCAACCUUGAGGCACAGAAAGUCGAACAGGAAUUAAGAGAUGAACUGUCAAAGAGUGUAAGUAAGGCAGUAAGUGAUGCAGAUAGACGACAAAUCAUGGACCUAGAGAAGCGUGAGAUGGAGCUCAAGACUGAAGUAUCGAAGUUAAGAGAACUGUCUGAUGUAGCAAGAAUGCAAGUUGAAGCUCUGGAGGCACGCCAGCAAUACAGAGAUAAAGAAGUGGAAUCUCUUAGAAUGCAAAUUUUAGACUAUCAGGCACAGUCAGAUGAAAAAGCAGUUAUUGCAAAACUGCAUCAACAUAUCAUAGCCCUUCAAGGUAGUGAAUCUGUUGCUAUAGGCAAAUUGGAGACGCUUAAAUUGAAACUACAGAAGGUGGAGAUCCAUAAUCUACGUUUAGAACAGAAGCUUGAUGAGAGAGAGCAAGCCUUAUAUUUUGCCCGACUGGAAGGAAGAAAUAGAGCCAAACAUCUACAACAGACAGUUCAGUCUUUGCGGCGACAGUUUAGUGGUGCUCUGCCUUUAGCACAGCAAGAAAAAUUCUCUAAAACAAUGAUUCAGCUACAGAAUGACAAACUGAAGAUCCUGGAAGAAGUUCAGCAUGCCCAGCAGGAGCGUCGAAAUGCAGAAAACAGAGCAUUAGAGAUGGAGUUAAAACUGAAAAGUUUAGAAGAAUUAAUAAGUGCAUUGAAGGAUACAAGAGGAGCUCAAAAGGUAAUUGAAUGGCAUAUGAAGAUGGAGGAACUCCAUCUGCAGGAACUUAAACUCAAUCGAGAGAUAGUCAAGCAAAAGGAAGAGGUGAAGUAUUUGCAUAAUAUAAUUUCUGAAUAUGAACGUACAAUCAAUAAUCUGGAAGAAGAAAUUGUCCAGCAGAACAAGUUUCAUGAAGAAAGGCAAAUGGCUUGGGACCAGAGGGAAGUAGAACUGCAGCGCCAAUUAGACCUGUAUGAUCAUCAACAAAAUGAAAUACUUAGUACAGCUGUAAAGUUAGAAAAGGCUACAGGAUCGGUUCCAGACCCUAGCUUGCCACUCCCACAACAACUUGAGUUGGCUUUGAGAAAGAUUCAGGAGCACAUUCGAACAAUCCUGGAAACUAGGGCAACCUGCAAAUCACUGGAGGAGAAAUUAAAAGAAAAGGAAACUGCUCUCUGGAAAGCUGAACAAAAUGUUUUAUCAAGAGACAAAGUUAUAAAUGAACUAAGACUUCAAUUACCUGCAACAUCAGAAAGAGAGAAAAUAAUGCCUGAAUUAGGCAAACAAGAAGAUGAUCCAGAGUACCAUCAUGCCAUAAAAAUUGCUCAUCAAACCAUUGCAAAUAUGCAAGCAAGAUUAAAUCAAAAGGAGGAAGUGUUAAAAAAAUACCAAUGUUUGCUUGCUAAAGCAAGAGAGGAACAAGAGGAAAUAGCAAAGAAGCAUGAGGAAGACCUUAGAGUUCUACACCAGAAGUUAAAUUUGCAUACUGACAAUUCUCUUAAUAAAUUCAAACAGACUGCUUUGGAGUUAAUGAAAAAGACUUCUUUAUCACUUUCCAACAACAAACAUUUUCUCCGCUUAGCUGAAAUGGAGCAAACAGUAGCAGAACAGGAUAAUUCUCUUGCUUCACUUGUUGGAAAAUUAAAGAAAACAUCAUCUGAUUUGGAAAAACAAAAACAAAUUACUGUAAUGAAAAUCAAAGAGUUUGAGACUAUCAGAGCCCAGCUUCAGGAAAAGCACACAGUUGAUGUGGAACAACUAAAAGAUGAAGCAAAUGAAUUGAGGAACGUGUUAUGUCAGAUGGAGAAGGAAUUAGCAAAUGUAAAAGCUGAACUAGAGGUCCAGAAAGAAGCAAAUGAUAGAGCACCCACAGCAACACUGAAAAACCUGGUGGAACAGCUGAAGAGCCAGUUAGCCAUAAAAGAGAAGCAGCAGAAAGCUUUGAGCACAGCACUUCUGGAACUCCGAGCAGAAAUGACUGCUAAUGCUGAACAGCAGGUUAUUUCUGCUGCGUCACAAAAAGAGGCAUAUAUGAAUGUCCAGGAGAUUGUUGACAGGCAAACAAAGGGGCUUACGACACAGAUAGAGGAAUUAAAUAAUCAGAUUACAAAACUUACAGAUAACCUCAAAAUAAGUAAAACCAGGGAGAGUUCUUUGUCUGAUGAAAGGGAUGAGUUGAACCAAGAACUUCAGAGGAAACAAAAAGCAUUUGCUAAAAUGUUGAGAGAACAAAAUGAAAUGGAAAAAGAAAAUGAAGAACUGAAGAAACGGAUUAGGAGGCUAAGCAGUAGCAUUCAGAGCAAAGCUGAUGAACAAAAUAUGAUAGAUGCACUUCAGAAAAAAAUUAAAAAGUUGGAAAGUGAGCUUGAGAAGAAGUGUGAAGAAAUGGAAAAAAAAGGUGUAAAAGAAGACAAGACCUCCAAAGAAGAAAUAAUUCGGUGGGAAGAAGGUAAAAAAUGGCAAAUCAGAAUGGAAGGAUUGCGGAACAAACUAAGGGAAAAGGAAAAAGAAGCAGAUGCUGUAGCCAAACAGCUGAAUACAUUGAAGGAAAUCUAUACCAAGACUGAAAAAGAGAAAAUUGCUUUACAUAAGAAACUGAAAACUACUGGUGUCACUGUUGACCAUGUUGUUGGAGUAAAAGCCUCAGAGACUGAAAAAGAACUGGAAGAACUAAGAAAACGGAAUCUAGAUUUAGAAAACGAGGUUGCUCACAUGAGAACACAGCAAGCAAUGCCACGAGAUUCUGUUGUAGAAGAAUUACAUUUCAAAAAUCAAUACCUCCAGGAAAAGCUUCAUGCAUUGCAGAGACAAUGUUCGAGAGAGAUGUAUUCUAGACCCUCGACAUCAGGAAUAGGAUCAGAUGAUCAAUAUCGAAGAGAACAAGAGCUUUUAAAGGAAAAUUUAAGAUUGUCAUCUGAAAACGUUGAGCUAAGAUUCCAGCUCGAGCAGGCCAAUAAAGAUUUGCCAAGACUAAAGGACCAAGUAGGUGACUUAAAAGAAAUGUGUGAACUUCUCAAAAAAGAGAAAGCAGAUGUUGAACGAAAGCUGGGCAGCAUUAGAGGGGCUGGUAGAAGUGGAAAGACAGUCCCAGAAUUGGAAAAAACAAUUGGUUUGAUGAAAAAGGUUGUAGAGAGAGUCCAAAGAGAAAACGAAGAGCUGAAAAAAGCUCCAGCUGUGGUUUCUAAUGAGAAAUUACUUGGUCUUGAACAGGAAAAUGAGAGGCUAAAGUCUGAAAUAGAAAAAAUGAAACUUCAUCUGGGGGGCCAGCUGAGUAUGCAUUAUGAAUCUAAAACCAAAGGAAUGGAAAAAGUCAUUACUGAAAACGAGAGGCUGCGUAAAGAACUGAAAAAGGAAGCUGACAGUGGAGAGAAGCUACGAAUAGCAAAGCAUAACUUGGAGAUAUUAAAUGAGAAGUUAACUGUACAGCUGGAGGAAACCGUUAAGAGGCUCAAUUUGGCUGAGAGCCAGUCUGACGGAGCUGACAGCAAAAGCUGGAAGUCUGUUGUUACAACAAGAAUGCAUGAAACCAAGAUGAAGGAAAUGGAAAUGGAUAUUGCUAAAAAAACCCAAAGCAUUGCUGACCUUAAACGGCUGCUUCAGGAAGCAACAGAACGCGAACAUGAGGCUGAUAAAAACUUACAAGAUCUAAAAGAACAAGUUGAGCUUCACAAACACUUUCCUGAAGGUGCAAGGACAGAGCAAAGCCUCAUCAGGGAGCUUCAGCUUUUAAGAUUAACUAAUAAUCGGUUAGAGAAAGAAAAAGCGGAACUAGCUCACCAGGUGGAAGAUUAUAAGCACCAUGUACACACAUAUACAAGUGAAGGUCCUGCAGCCGGACAUAAUGAAAUUGUAGAGAAGGAUAAAAAUGACAAGUUAAUGACAGAAAUAGCUGACCUUCAGACACAGUUGAAAGCCUCAGAGUUGGAAAAACUGCAAUUAAAGGAAGAAACAAAAAAGCUGAGAAGAGAACUAGAAAACUUUGACCCUUCCUUUUUUGAAGAAAUUGAGGAUCUGAAAUAUAACUACAAUGAAGAAGUAAAAAAAAAUAUUAUCUUAGAAGAAAGAUUAAAGCAGCUUUCUGAAGAGUUUGGCGUUCAAGUGGAUAGUCCAGGCAACGUUUCUGUUGAUUAGACUAAUGUUUAGUAUCCUCAGUAUUGAUACAGAAAAUAAAUUCUGGGGCAGUUACAUAAUAUUGAUUUAUUUGUCUGGUUUUAUCUUGGAAUGAUACAAGUCUAUUAAAGUUACAAUAGUUUGGCACAUACCUAAGAGUGCAGAAUUGGAUUAGUCAACAGAUUAUGGUCAGUAUUUAUAUACACCAGUCAAAAUAAAAGUGAGUUUUACCUCUCCCAACUCCUUUGCAAUAUUUUAAUUCAGAAUAGUAGGAUGGGUAAUACACAGGUGCCAGGUGAAGUUGAAACCUUGGACUGACUUACCCUAAAAUUGAGAAACUCUUAAAAUGUGCUAAGUAUGCUAAGUUCCAGAUCGAUAAGAAUAUGUAAUUUGUUCUUGCUGUCUCGUGCUAUCAUACUUCUUAAACUACGGACUCAGGGUCAUCGUGCUGGAUGUCUGUUCUUACAUCCCUGGUUAUUUUUACCUCAAUUUUAGAAAAUCCAAGAACAAAGAAUUGAAAAUAAAGUUAUAGUAUUUCAGGCAAAUUAAUGGUAUUUUUGUAGAUAAAUGAUUUUUCAUUUUGUAUACUUUAUAUAGCUGGAUGUAUACUUUUAUAGCACAGAUAAAAUAAAGCCAACUCAAAUAAU